UCGACGCGUCUGCAACAGGCUUGGUAGCAACAGGUUGGUCAGCAUGUGAACAUGCCAUUGGAUAACCAAAUGAAGAGAAACAAACCGAGAGAUUAAUUCUUAUGUACUGAAGUUCAAGAGGGAUCUUCAUUCAGCUACUGAAGCAUUCAACCAGGCAUUGUAUCAAGGCAAUAGAGCACCAUGUGAAAUCUUCAUAAAAUGGCUACUUAUGUACCGUGGUCAGCAGUUGUCUGGACUCUCAAGGGCCUGUUGUGCACAUGGAGGUUUUUCUGGGUCAGCCCAUAUUGUGCUCUAAAAUCUGUAUCAUGGACACAGCACGCAGCUGACACUGACCAUAAACCCCCAUCAAAACUGACCACAGCUGUCCAGGAUGUCAAGCAUCUCGCAGGGACAAAUGUAAAUGCAGACUCAGAGAAAAAGGCCAAACCAGAAAACUGUGUUCAGCAUGAACGCACAAGUGGCCUGUUCAGGAGACUGCUAAAGGCUGAGGGGGAGAUUCAAGAACUGAAGAUAGAGAUUGCAAAUCAGAGAGCAUCAUGGGAGACGCGGUUUGUGGAGCUGCAAAAGAGACAACAUAAUCUUAGAGACCAGUUGACCUCUGAGAUUCUGGUAAGGACUGGGAUGCUGUACAGAGACACUGAUUCAGAAGAAACAAAUGAAGUCUUUCUAGAGUCUGGCUUGGAGAAUGGACUUUAUGCUGAGGAGAAGGAACAUGAAUGUUCUAGUGGUCUCAGACACCAGCAAAAGGGACCUGAUGUGGAAUUGCUUCGAGAUGGUGUUGACCAAAAAAGUUUGUGCGGCAGUCAAACCUCCUGCCCAUCAGACUCCAGAGCCACUUCUGCCAUGUCUAACAUCAGUGUAAGGUCUUGGAGGAGCAGAGGGGGACCUCAUCGAGUGUUUGUACCCCACUCCCCCCUGGAUCUGAAGAUUGGGCACAGGGUCCGAAUCAUGUUACCCUCUGGACGCAUCAGCACCGGUACCUUACGCUACCUGGGCAACAUGCAAAACUCUCCCGAAUACCAUCUUGGCGUAGAACUGGAGUUGGCUGAUAAUGGACAACAUGAUGGCACCAAUGAAGGACAGUGCUACUUUGACUGUGACCCUGGACAUCGUGUGUUUGUAGCAUUCAGUAAAUUGUUAAUGGCUUGGGAGUAGAUGCUCUUAUUGGAACACUUAAGUGAAGACUCUUCAGGCCACUCAAGGGUACUCUUGCAACAAUUCGCUGUAUGGAUCCACAAUAGAGCGCUGCAAUGGUGACAUAUUUUUGGAGGCCAACCCAGAAGUUAACAUCACCCUGGUUCCAUCGACAAAAACACAAUAUAAUUUUUUUCAUUGGCUCUUGGAUUAUUGCAGAAAGUAAGAAGUAAAA